GAGUCGUUUAGUCUUCCUGAGGAGCUAAGGAAGUGAAAGCUAACACGUGGGAAUAGUCAUUUGCCGUGUUUUGCUUUUACGUCAGGGUGAUUUAGUGCCUUUUUUUGAACCGUGCCUUGACAGACAGAGACACCGUACACUAGUCUUCAGGUGACAGUCAGCUUUUAGGUUUCCGGUGAGCUAUCAGUCUUGUUAUGGAGGACAGCGGAGAUGAUGACUCUGCGUACAGAAUCAAACAGGGUGACUACGUUGUGCUGAAACGAGGAGAUAUCUUCAAAGCGGUGCAAAUUCAACCGAAGAAGAAGGUGAUUUUUGAGAAGCAGUGGUUCUUCUUGGAUAAUGCUGUGGGUAACUUGUACAGCGCCACGUUUGAGAUCGUGUCAGGUGUUCUGAAGCUGCAGAAGCCCAAGGACCCCGCGAGCUCUACCGAUGCAAAGGAGGUGGGCACAGACAACAGAAACAUUAAAGAUGAUGGGAAAUCGCAGAAACUGACCAGAGAUGAUAUAGAAGCACUCAAAGAGAAGGGUCUGAAGGGUCAGGAAAUCAUUCAGCAGCUUAUAGACAACAGCUCUACAUUCCGAGAUAAGACUGAAUAUGCCCAGGAUAAGUACAUCAAGAAGAAAAAGAAGAAGUAUGAAAACACUGUGACGAUUCUUAAGCCGUCCUGUCGCAUCUUGGCUAUGAUGUACCAUGGCCGGGAACCAGGGAAGAUCUGCCACCUGCGCUAUGACACGCUCGCCCAGAUGCUGACUCUGGCGAACAUCCACGCUAACAGUAAAGUGUUGGUGUUUGAGACAUGUGCUGGCCUUGUGCUUGGAGCCGUCAUGGAAAGAAUGGGGGGCUACGGCUCAGUGAUCCAAAUGUACCCAGGUGGGGAGCCCCUCCGCGCUGGUGUGGAGAGCUUUGGCUUCCCUACACAUUUCCACGAUAUGCUGCAUGAUUUUCCCAUCUGCCGUGUCAACGCUCUGCUGGCAGGAACUCUGGCCACCACUGUCAAAGAUCCGAGCUGCGCUGAUCCAAAGCAGCCCAACCUGGCUGCAGAGGAGACAAAAAACCAGCCUCAGGGAGAGCAGCAGGGGAAUCCAGAGGAGCAGAGCAUGGAGACAAACAGUGCUGCUGCUGCUGCUGCAGUCGAUGACAAAGAGAAAGAUGAGCAGGAGAAACGUCGAGAAGCCAAAGCUCAGGAAAGAAAGGUGAAGCUGGAAGAGAAACGGAAGAAGCUGUUAUCCGUUGCUGCCCUGCUGGAAGGCAGGAACGCUGACGGGUUGGUCAUAGCCAGUCGCUUUCACCCGUGUGCAGUGCUAAUGGGCCUGCUGAAGUUCCUCUCACCCUCCCGCCCUUUUGUAGUCUACUCCCAAUACAAAGAGCCUCUGAUUGAGUGCUACACAAAACUCAAGGAACAAGGCGGUGCAAUCAACAUCAGCCUCAGAGACACCUGGCUCAGACAUUAUCAGGUGUUGCCUAACCGGACACAUCCCGUGCUGCUGAUGAGCGGGGGCGGGGGCUACGUCCUCUCAGGAACAACAGCUGCCAUGGACCGCGCCAAACCUGCAAGCUCCCAGCAAGCUGAGGAACCAGCACACAAGAGACCGAAACUGACAGACACAGAAUGAUAAACGCGUAAAGAAUAUUCAGAGGGCACAUUGCAGGGGUUUCUCCUCCAGCAUCCACUUCUCUGAUUUACCAGAUCUGAUCUGACACAUCUGGAAUGAAGUAGACAGAGUGUCGAGUUUGCGUUCAUCAGCACACUUACACCCGGUUUGUGUAUACAGAUCAGUGCAGACUGUAGGUAAUGCUGGGGAGUUAACUGUAAGCCAGUCCAGGCUGUGUGUGUUAUAAAAGGAACUGCGAAAAGAAUCUGUUGUGUUUGGAGUAUGUGGCAGGUUUGUGUUUCAUGCAUUACCAACAGGUGUGUAGAUGUUUUUUUCAAAGUGAAUCCUCUCCAGCUUCUAGGUUAUUACUUUGUUUUUAAAUUUUGUUAUUCCCAUAAGAAGCGGCAUUUGUUACAUGUGCUUUGUGUGGACUACAUCUGUAUCUGCACAGAAUUAAAAAAAGCAGUACAAGAGAGA